AUGGCCACAUCACAGCAAAAUGGCACAUUAGGAGCCGCCACCGGUCUAUAUGUGGCCCUGCAAAGCACCGGCGUGGUAGAGCUGGCUUUCGACGCCCAGAAAGGCGUCAAGGAGUCCCUGUCUGUUGUCUCGAUCAACACCAAGGCUGGUUUCAUGCCGGGAUGGCUGACAGUGUCGGGAGACAAAGUCUAUACCAUCAACCGCAUGGGCUAUCCCUGUAGUGAGUCCGACUCAGGGAGCGUUACUGCCUUCCAACGGGCCACAGCAGGUUCAUCUUCAGCAACGGGUGAGACAGGCUUGACGCUGCUCGACCAGACAAGCAGCAACGGCAAAGGCGGCGUCCAUUGUGACGUGAGCCCGGAUGGAAAGGUGCUGGCCGCUGCGAACAUCACGGCGUCGACGCUGUCCAUCUACCCAUUGUCCGCGACUGGGAGCAUUGGAAAACCCACCCACGUCUUCGACUACAACAAGUCAGACCCUGGGCCGAAGGAGGCCCAUCCCCAUCAAGCUCUGUUUGAUCCUUCUGGAAAGCUCCUGGUUGUACCACUUCGGACCAUGGAUCGCGUCGACAUAUACUCCGUCGACGGCCCCGAGCAGGUUGCAAAGAUUCACAGUAUUCCUCUGCCCGAUUCGACGGGACCCCGGCAUGCCGCGUUCCACCCAGUCAGUUCUUCCAAGGCCUAUCUGUACGUGUUGAGUGAGAAAGACAACACCGUCCGCGUCUAUGCAAUCGGCUACCCGAGUCCGGUAUCACCAAAUCUUACCGUAGAAUUCAAACAAGUGCUCUCGACCAUGGGUAAGGACGUCGGCCGCAUCCCUGAUGAGCACAAAGACCUCGCCGGGGAGAUUGUGGUCAGCAACGACGGCAAAUUCGUGUAUGCGUCCAACCGAAACCUGUCACGCUCAGACUUCGACACUGUGGCCAUCUAUUCCGUCGACAGCGACCCGGUGCACGAUGAUCGACACCUGUCAUACCUGGGAGCGCAAGAAUUGGCCGGCAAACAUCCGCGAAUGAUUGCACUUUCCAAGGACAGUGAGAACAGGUGGCUCGCCAUUUCCCACCAGCUCACUCAGAAUAUUGCCAUCUUCGAGCGGGACCCGGUCACCGGAUUUCUGAAGGAUCUCAAGGGCACGAUCAGCGUCAGGGCGAACCAUGCUCACCAGCCCGACAUAGAGAAGGUCACGUUCGCGGAGGAUCUCGGCGUUAGAGGCAACUGGACCAAGGAAGACCUGAAGCAGGGCAAAACAGAGGGACCCAUGUGUGUCCAGUGGAAAUAA